AUGGAGCAGCGCCUGGCAACUCUGCAGCAGGAGGCUGAGGCACUGAAGUCGCAGUUGGAUGGCCAGCGUAGGGUAAAAAGAAAGACUGUCCAGAUGGACCCUAUCAAGAAGUCCGCCAACAUCAAGAACAUCCGACGGGCGCGAAAUGAGGCCAGCGAAGUUGAACUUAAUACAGAUGAAUCUAGUGGCUCUGAAUUACCUAGUGAUUCAGAAAGCUGCAUUGUAGUUGGUGGGGUGCAGGAUUGA